CACACACAUCCAUCUCACCACACUCCCUCCUCUCCACCACCUGCAAUCCAGUCCCUCUCAGACCUCACGGCCUUGACAAGCCUUUGGCUCCUGAUCGAAGGAAGACGCAUUCUCGUCUUUCUUCCAGGUUGCUGUCCACUCCUUCAAAACCACCUUGCUCAAUCAUUCAGAUCAACACCAUCAACUCUUUCCGCUUUAGCCGACCUCAAAUCCUCGCAGCUUCACCGAGCAAAGAGUCUUGCCCUUAGACCGUUAUACCAGUCCUUCUUUACCAAGACAUUGCAGCGCAAUCUCGCCCUCCUCAACCUCUAAUGGUGGCAGUCGUUUCUUCGCAAAAAGCAGCAUAAACAAUUCGACUUGAUCAGGUGCAGGAACACCUUUCUGAACAAUAUCUAAUGAACCUGCCUGCUGGUCAGAACAAGCGCCGACACUAGUCUUCGGCUGGCUGCUAUUGUUGAACUAUGACUUCAAUUUCACUGCCUCCUGUAGUACCCGGCUUAUCGCCAUUCGACUCGGCUCCUGAAAGUCCAACUCGCUCUCCUGCCGCGCACAGAAGACGGUCGUCACGCAACCCGAAUGCUGCGCCUCUUCCGAUCUUUUCCUUCAAUCCAGGUGCGGAUGAGGCUACCAUGAAAGCAGGAGAAAUGGGAGGGAGGAAUCCGCCCACGGGCGCUACAAUGGUGGAAGCCAGCCGACGUCCCUCGCGACCAGCGUUGCCAGAGUUCAAGUUCAAUCCUGGAGCCGAUUUACCUCCUGAGAGGAGUCCGAGCCCAACUCACCCGGUACUACAAGAGAUGGCUAUGAAUCAACAACGUGCGGUUCGAUCUGCUAGACCUGCUCCGUUACCCGCGUUCACCUUCAACCCCAGCGCAAAUCCGGCACAGGCAUCACCAAGUCCGACGAAAUUGAGUCUUGGCGAUGUCCAGCCUCCACCACAUCGUUCUGGUCAUCGAAGAGGCGUCAGCGAGUUCGUGGGUGGUGGAAACAACGGCCCUCAAAUGGUCAGUACGAGUCCGGAAAAGUCAGAGUACCGCCCACAUCCUCCCGUCACAGGAGCCAGGGGACAUGCUCAUCGCCGGUCACAAGCCGUGUCCAUCUCUGACAUUGACACGUCUGAGUUGAUCAAGGCAAACGCUUUGUCCAAAGCACGGGCCGGCUCUUCACCAACCACCCCAUCCGAUUGUGCACUGGCCUUCCCAUAUCCUCGUGCUGGGCCUUCAUCGCGGCAGUCAAUGUCAAACAUCGUCCGAACUCCACCAUCGUCUCCUCGACGUAGAGGCAGUGCACCAGGUGUUCGACCGCGUGUAGGUUUCUCUGAUCAGGUGGAUGUCAUUCCUCGGCCUCUGUCUCUGAUCUCGUCUGAAACCGAAGGCAGCAAUUCAACAAUCCGAGGAUGCCACUCACUAUCAGGUAGCAUCAAUUCAAUCGCCAGUCCCAGUCCACGCCCAGCGGUGAUCAUCACCUCCAGCGACCUGUCGAGUUCGCCAGAACGGCCUCAGACUGCCGAUGCGCAAUCCACUCUGUCGCCCGGUAUGACUUCUCAGACAAAUCCGAUUUCGAUGAUCAACCUGCCAAAGCGGCCGCUUUCAGCUUCUGGAUCGCCUGGAACACUGAGUUGCAGCAGCCCUCCUAGUAAGAAGAAGUAUUUCUGGUUCAACCAGUCUACCACGAGCUCUCCGUUGGCCACGCCCCGGGCAGAGCAAAGUGAUCCCAUGGACGUCUUCACCUCUGAUGCGUCUCCUCGACCAUCCGUGCUGAGAGCCUUUGCUGAUCAAAGUCGGCCCAAAACCUCUGCCGGAGAACCGGGCUCCUCGUCAUCGAGAAAGCGGAAAUACCAUACCUGGACUUCUGGCAUAUUUUCAAGAAAAACCGACAGCAAACGCUCCGGUAAAGCUAAAGAACAGGAAAUACCGCCGGUGCCUGCUUUGGUUAGACGACCAAGCGAUCGCCUCAAUGACAUUUUCGACACCGAUGAUACGAUCGUCCUACGUGAGCCUUCCCCAGUCGCAACGAGAGUUCGUCCUCCGCUUCCGCAACUAGUGCCGGUUCAGGCAUCUGCCGCCACCGCCCCUGCAGAACAAGUCACGAGCCCUGUGCUUGAUUUGGACGCAGCUUUAGGUCCAUUCGGAAGUGAAGAGAAGCUCAGCCCUGGCAAAAGCUUACCUUUAGUUCGCAUCGCGAAACUUCACAGCAGCGAGCGUAGAGGUAAUGUGGAUGCCUUUGGCACUGUUCAUAGGAGGACUGAAUCAGCACCAAUCAUGCCAGCUGUCAAUCGAACCACCUUUGGCGUUCACCGUAUUGGGAGUAACUCGUCUCUCACUGAGGAUGUUUUCGACGAAGAGGAAGAGGAUAAUUUUCUGGCUGGAGAGAACAUUGAGUCCCAGGGGAAUCGCUCGUCUGCAGAUAACCAGAGUGACCCGAUGUCAAUCGACCCCCUGGAUACAUCGCCGUCUGCCCGAUAUACUGCUCCUCCUCUGAAACCAACCGAAGGCCUUGGCUUAUCCUUGGGCAAGCAACGCGCUGACGGUGUUGUCAUUGCUGAUCUCGAGGAAGAUGUUGCUCGUGCUGAGGCCAGAUCUUCCAACUCUACCAUCGAAGCGCCAGUUUUCCCAGAUUACGAGGCGACAAAGCCCUCAACUUCCCCAAUGGUUCUGGCAUAUCCGGCACCUCAAUCCCACUACGCUUCUUCCACUGAGGGUCGUACAACUUCGGCCUCGAUGAUCUCUUCUCCAGAUGCAGACCAUAUUUCUUUCGACACCAUGGCCCGCCCAAGCCGGGCAAUCGGAGAAGCAAGCCCGGACUAUGUACUACGAGCUUCCAUGGAUGAUUUGCCUUCUCUGAGUGACAGCCUGUCAAGCGGAGUGCUACCAAGAUUUUCGAGUAGUGCCGGUACCCGUUCUUCAACGGAGCAACGUUCUCGCUCCAUGAUAGAUCCAUCGACCUCAAGAUCGCAAAGUCAACAAGCAUGGAAGCGAGCAAGCUUAGCCAGUCUCAAUCGCCUGAUUCCAAGUUCUUCGAACGGCAGCAAGCUUAAAUUCGAGACUGUACCCGAUCCGCUAGUCGAGGACGUCAAGGUUCGAAAGAGGAGCAAUAGGAUCAGUAAAUUGGUACAUUUUUGGCGAUCGAAAGAAAAGCCUGAAAAAUGAUCUUUUCGGGGACAAACAAGGUUGAUCAAGGACAGCAAUCCUUACUUACGGCAUUACGAACAGAGCUUAGCGAAGUGCUUUUGGGGCUCUCACGACUUGAAUGGCAUGCAUUUUCAUGGACACACCUUUUACGACAUUUUCACGAUAGGGGAGGUCGUUGGCCAUGCGCGCUUCGACCGAAAUACCUCUUCGACCUUUUUUUCUUUACAAAGAACACUCGUUGAGCAGAUUGCGUUCAUGUCUUCCGAGGCAAGCACACAAUCUUUUACAAACUUCUUGGGCUCGACUGCAUUCUUGCGGCAAUUGGGCCUGGCUUGGUCAUUUUGGUUUUCAAAGAUGAGCUGUGUAGAGCGAAAGGCAUCCCGGACUACGCAUGCGAAAAGAUGCUGACAGCAACAAACAACAAUGCAAAAGAACAGUCAAUGUGUGUGAUCAAGAUCAUUUUACUUUUCACCGAACAUGAAGACUUGGCCAUGUUCAUAUGUAUGAGCUGAGAUACAUAAAGCUAGGGUUGAAGGAAUGAGCUUGGUGAUUUUUGAAAGGGCGGGGAUUUGGGAGAAUGAAAUGAGGGAUAUUUCGACGGACAGGGUGUUGUCGAUCAGAAGCUGGUUAUCAGUCCAGUCUGAUACUACCAGUAGCUAAGGGAAGACAUUUCUUUUGGCUGUAGGCGUUAGACAUACAUACCUGCAUGCCUCAUGCCUUGGAGUAGUAGUAUUCCUUUGAGGAUUGUUUGCCAUCGAUCAGUCUUUUCGGUCGGAUCAAACCGACCGAUCAGGGUUGUCGAGGUGACAUUCCUUGCCAGGGUUCAUGGAGGAACGUUUUAUUCGCCCCGAAAUUGUUUCGAUCGGUGUUCAAGUUGUGUCUCGCUCGGAAAAGGGGGUUUUUCCUCUGCCACCAAGUUUCCAUUCUAGUACGGGAGCCUUCGCCUUUUCUGAUGUCCGACCGGGGGGGGGGG